UGACAUGCUUCGUCAGCUUCACACCCGUUGACAUCGUCGGUGUUCCGAUCGUAAGAAUAGCCAAAGCACUCGUAGUUAAGUAAACCCUCCAUGCUAGCAUAAAGCCAGCAAUCUCUCCCCCAUCAUCCUGCUGCGUCAAAUAUUUCCGAUCCCACAUUGUCCACGACUUUACACCCAAGCACACCGACCAGGCGAUAUGGCAGACUACAGCAAAAUUCCCGCCGGCGCCAAAGUGCAGCCCAAAGCCUUCAGAGCCCACAUCGACGAGCAAAAGCUUCAGCAUAUGAAAGACCUACUCAAGCUUAGCCCUAUCGGCCCAGCGGUAUGGGAAAAUACAAGUCAAGACCAAGGCUCAACCCUCAUGUCUAACCCAUCGCGUAAAUACGGCAUGCGACGCGAUUAUCUUGAGGCGGCCAAAGACCAUUGGCUCAACAAGUUCGAUUGGCGUAAGCAGGAGGACCACAUCAAUUCCUUUCCACAAUUCACCAUGCCCAUCACCGGAGACGACGGGGUCAGGGUUGACGUCCACUUCAUGGCCCUCUUCUCCGAACGGAAGGACGCCAUCCCCCUAGCUUUCUACCACGGCUGGCCGGGCAGCUUCCUCGAGUUCCUGAAGAUCUUCUCACUACUAAGAGAACGCUACUCACCUAAAGAUCUCCCAUACCAUGUCAUCGCGCCCAGCUUACCGGGCUACGCGUUCUCCAGCGGUCCGCCGGUAGACGUGGAUUACAACGUCGAGAAGGCCAGCAACGUGAUGCACAAGCUCAUGGUAAACUUGGGCUUCGAGUCCGGCUAUCUGUGUCAAGGCGGCGACAUUGGGUCCGGUGUCUGUCGGGUCCUGGCCUCGAAGUAUGAUGCAUGCAAGAGCAUGCACCUCAAUAUGUUCUUCGUACCGCCACCGGAGAACGCUUCAUCGCUGCCUAUGGACGCACUGGAGGCGAAGGCGCUAAAGCGUGGCGAGGCGUUCAUGUACGAGGGCAACGCCUACAUGCGCGAGCAUGCCACUCGCACAGCUACGAUCGGGCUAGCUUUGAGUGCGUCUCCGCUGGCGCUUCUGGCGUGGAUUGGUGAGAAGUUCCUCGAAUGGACGGACGAGGAUCCUUCGGUUGAUGAGAUCUUGACGAGCGUGUCGCUGUACUGGCUCACUGACACAUUCCCACGGUGUAUAUACCCGUACAGAGGACCUCCGCAGAAGGAUCGGCCAAGGCCAGAACACAUCUCGAAGCCGAGCGGAUACAGCUUUUUCCACAUGGAGCUAGCGCCGACGCCGAAAAGCUGGGCCGAGACGUAUGCGAACAUUGUCACUUACAAUCAGCAUUCGAAAGGCGGACACUUUGCGGUAGGUCAUACUGAAAGAGUCUCUCCGAAAGUGGAUGCUAACAGUCAUCAGGCCAUGGAGCAGCCUGAAGCUCUGCUCUCGGAUGUCGAGGAGUGGGUGAAGAAGGUGUGGAAGGGAUCUAAGCUGUAAUCGAGGAUGUAAUAAGAUAAUUGGCUGUGUUUGUAAGCUUUAUUAGCUUAAACCGUCGAUCAUGGGUACUAGAGGACGAGCUGACAGCAUGUCUACCUUGUCUCAACGGGACAAGUUGCAGUAGAGUUUCCUACAUAGCGACCGGUAUAGCAGAUCACCACCCCGUGAAGCGAU